CACCUGUUCUGUCAUUUACAUGAUGUUUUGGUGGCAGUUUGGCACUUGUGCUUAAAAUAAAAUACUGUGAAAUAACCGUUUUUCUAGAUAAUCAAGUUUAUAAAUAAUGGAUCGCGGCAGAAGUAAAGAUGCUUCAGAGGGCAUUGCGCCAAUGGGCAUACAAGCCCUUAAUGAGACAGUUCUCAGCAAUCAGCCUGAAUCUCGUUACGAGUGCCCGGUGUGUCUCAACUGGCUAAGAGAUCCCGUCAUCACCACCUGUGGACACAAGUUCUGUAAAAGCUGUAUCACUUCAUGGCUUCAGAACAGCGGCCACUGCCCCAUAGACAACAUAAACCUAAGCAUGAAGGUUGACAUAUUUCCAGACAACUACACUAAACGAGAAAUACAAGAGCAAAGAAUGAAUUGUCCAUUCUCCACUAAAGGAUGUACAGUCAAAGUGACACCUCUAGACUUGGAUUCCCACAUAGCAGCGUGUGAAUACAAUCAGCCUGAGACAUCCACGCAGCCAGAGGUGACGGUACCAUGCUCCUUCCAAGCAGUCGGCUGUAAGGAUAUGUUUAACAGUCAGGAGGAGAUGAACAGACAUGUGGAAACUGAUGUUCAGAAGCAUAUGAGUCUUUUAAUGAAUGCAUACUCUGAGAUGAAAAUCAACAACGAUAUGUCUAGCGCCAGUAUGGAUGCGAAAGAGCAGGAAGCAAUGACGUUGUGGGAGGCGCCAGACAAAGACGGCAAUACUACCGCUGCGGCACCACUUAAUAACACCAGUGCUCUUAUCAGAGCCCUCUAUGAACGAGUAGUCGUACUAGAACAGAGAAACCGAGAACAGGACAUAGUCAUAGCGAACAUGUCUAAACAACUAUCCGCCUUCGCCGUAGCCAAGAUGAAACAGAACAACGACAUGCUACUGCGAUACUGUAUGGGGAACUAUGUUUGGAAGAUCGAUAACUUUCAGGCGAGAUUAGCAGCCAUGGUGAAAGAUCAUUACAAGAUGCUGUACAGCCCCGGGUUUUAUACCUCCCCUAAUGGUUACAGAUUCUGCGUCCGCCUCAACAUAUCACCUCAAAACCCGCACUGCUUCGCGCUACACGUGCACUUAAUGAAGACCGAAAACGACGACUGUCUCGAAUGGCCGUUCAACGGUCGCAUCUCCUUCGCAAUGAUCAACCAAUACAACCCAGAGCUCACACAGAAAGACACCAUGAUGUCCAACUCGACGCUGACAGCGUUCAGGAAGCCGACAACGGAGAUAUGUGUUAGAGGUUUCGGGUAUACGGAAUACGCAGUAGUAGCUGAAGUUGUAAGGAGCGGGUUUGUUAAAGGCGAUACCCUUAUUGUGAGGGUCAAUAUCAGAUGUGUAUGACAGGACGAGUAAGUUUUUCGUUCGUUUUGUGAUUUUUAGAUCAUGUUUUGUGUACUGAAAAGUAUUUUUUUUUAUUUAUUGCUUGUAUUCGUUAUUUUAAGUCAUAAAUGGAAGAUGGUAGCAAUAAUGUUAACUUUGCAAUCGUGUUAAAGCAAUGAUCUGAAUCUUCAUGAAGGCAAUGUAUUAUAAUGUUAAACAGAGAUAACGUUUUAAUACGUAAUAGAAAUUAUACAUAGAAGUUUAAGCAAUGCCAUAAAAUAAUCUUGUUAAUCUCGUGCAAUACAUUCCGUCCCGAAACUCCGAAAAAAGCUAUUAUGUACCUACUUAUUUUUUUAUGUGAAUAACAAUAAUUAAAAUGGUAAUGAAGUAAUUUUUAAAUAAAAUCAUGUAUUAAUUUAAGAAGAAUGGUCUGAAUAGUAAUUGAUAUAUUCUUUAGUAUUGUAUACAGUAUUAUUGUAAAUACUCUCCGUCCAACUUUCGUAAGAGUAGAAUUACGAGACUAAAAAUGACUUACACUACAUAAAAUUGAAUUGAAAUAUGAGGUAGUAAGUUUUUAAUUUAACAUAUUAUAUUAGUACGUAUUUAAAUACCAAAUUAGUAUAGGCUGGCACGUUAUCAUAUACAUUUUGUAGAGAAGUAACUUAAUCAUAGAAUUAUUGUAUUUUUUUUAUUCUUAAAAUAGGAAAUUGUAUUUACAUUAGAUCUUAUAUCAUAGUAUUAGAAUAAGUAACUGUUCCCGUCCAAGCCCCAGAGAUGUAUGUUUAAGAAAUUAUUGAUAGUUCUUUUAUUGUUUCGAUUUAUCAUGUAUAGUUUAUGAUCUGAAUGCAUAAGUUUAAAAUAAUAGUAUUACAUAUUUCUCAACAUUUUUUUAAAUAAGAAUGAAUCCGUACA